CAGUUCCUGUCAAAAACAAUGACAAAGCAGGGCCAUUUCCUAAGGGCGACUUCUAGAUCCGAUCACUCUCAACGCUGCCAAAAACUCGGCAUCCCAUUUCACAGGGAUAUGGAUGAAUUUCUGGAAUCGGAGAAUGAAGUGGUAUUGAUAUGCACUUCAAUCCUCUCUCUAUCACAAGUUAUCAAUUCUAUGCCUCUCCGUUAAGGAAUAUCCCAGAAAUCUUCUUCUGCAGGUGCUUCCCGAGGAUUCAGACGUGCUUUGUACGCACCCAAUGUUUGGACCCGAAAGUGGGAAAAAUGGUUGGCAAGAUCUGACGUUUAUGUACGACAAAGUUCGAAUAAGAGACGAAGCUCUGUGUUCCAGUUUCAUAAAUAUCUUUUCUAGUGAGGGUUGCAGGAUGCUGGAAAUGGGCUGCGAAGAGCACGACGAAUUGGCUGCUCGCACUCAGUUUCUUACUCACACUAUUGGAAGGAUCCUAUCAGAAAUGGUGGUUGAGCCAACACCCUUGGACACAAAGGGGUUUCAGAAGCUUGUUCAAGUGAAGGAGGGAACUGUAAAAGACAGUUUUGACCUGUUUAGCGGAUUAUUCAUUCAUAAUAGGUUCGCCAGGCAACAGAUGCAGAUUUUAGAAGAAGCUUUUGAGAAGACUAAACAGAAGCUGCAAGAGAGGCUGGAUAACACACGGUGAUAGAAUUUAACUGUUCUCUUUUUCUCUUUUUUUUUUAUUUUUCACGUUUUUAUCUUCCCGUUGGGGUGGUGUAAAACAGGCACAAUCUAAUUCCACAAAAAGUAGGGUCUGGCAAGGAUUGUGUACGUAGAACUUACUUCUACUUGG